AAGGUGAAUGAGAUAACCCCUUCCGUUGUUGGGCUUAAGGGCCGCCGAGCAGGCAGCGGCGCGGCUGCCGGAAUCGACGCCAGAAUGGCAUGGACGGCCACGGCCACACUGUGCUGCCGCCUCGUCCGCGCCCCCGCUGUUCGUCGCCGUGCUCCACAUCGAACCUUGUGCUCCGCCGAGCGGAGCACCGACGCGGUGGACAGGGAGUACGCCGACCUCAACCUCCGGCCCCUCUACCCCAAUGUCCGCCCCCCACUCGGUUCUUCCCCUUCGCUUCCUCUUCCUCGUAUCUUUUUUCCGAAAUUGCGCGACCAGCCUGACCGCCCGCUCGUUCUGCUGAAGCGGGGGCAUCACCUUCGCAUCCGGCAGCAUGUGAAUCCACUCAGCGCCUCCUUCGUUGAGCCCACGGGACCGCCUGAUUGGAAGGAGGUGUUCGAGGAUCCCCUGCUGCCCCUCAUGGUCGACAUCGGUUGUGGGAGUGGAAGGUUCUUGGUUUGGUUAGCCAAGAACUCCAGGGAAAGGCGGAAUUACCUCGGACUGGAAAUCCGACAAAAGUUGGUGGAGCGGACGCAGUUCUGGGUAACAGAAUUAGGGCUUAGAAAUGUAUAUUUUAUGUUUGCAAAUGCAACGGUGUCUUUCGAGCAAAUCGUGUCAUCAUACCCUGGCCCCCUGUUACUUGUUUCAAUACUAUGCCCUGAUCCUCACUUUAAGAAGAAGCAUCACAAGAGAAGAGUUCUACAAACACAAUUAGUGGAUUCAAUCACAAAGAACCUUUGUCUGGGUGGACGGGUUCUUCUACAAUCAGAUGUGCUUGGUGUAGCUGCAGACAUGAGAGAAAGAUUUGAUGGAUACUCGGAUGUGUUUGAGCAUGUUGAUUGCAUUGAUAAAAAUCUUCGUUGUGACAAUGAAGGUUGGCUUCUAGACAACCCAAUCGGAAUACGGACAGAGAGGGAAAUCCAUGCUGAGCUAGAAGGAGCAACCAUAUACAGGAGGAUGUACCAAAAGAUUAGAGAUGUUCCUCACCAGAAGACUUCGGCAGUUCAGUGGAUAUCAGCUUUGCCCAGGCCCCAGGCAGUGAUGGGCUGAUGUCUCUGCUUUGCAUACCAUGGCCACCAACUUUCAGCUUCCUUUGUCUGCGCCAAAGGUACCCCCUCCGAUCCAUAAUACAUUUUGUACUAAGCUAGUACAAACUUUGUACUAAGUGAGUGACAAUUAUUAUGGAUCGGAGGGAGUAGUUGGCAUCAUUACUGAAUGAAUUUGGCCUUGUUUUGCUGGUAGUGCAGUAGAGACUGAUGUGUCAAACUUGUCAACACUUGGCAUCUCUCCAAUGUUCAAUAUUUUUGGGCCAAAAGCUUUGUUCUGGUUUAGAAAGAUCACGGUGCACUUUAAUUUUCAGUGAUCAACAUACACUGCAUGGGAAUGUUUGCCAUCUGAAAUUGGCAUACCAGGCCGGAUGGUUCUCUAGCUAUCAAAAGCAAGCUAGCUCUUAGCGGUC